UGCUCCCAAAGCUAGCAAAACCCCCCAUUGAUAACCAGAAGAAGAAGAUCAGCUGAAGAACCAGAGGAAGAAGAUUAAGAAGAAACGAAGGAGAAAGGAAAUGAAGCUGAUUUGGUCCCCUGAAUUGGCUACAAAAGCCUACCUCGAUACUGUUAAAGCAUGUGGGAUUAGUCAGGAAUCCGGCGUAGCAGAGCUGGUUUCAGCUAUGGCGGCGGGCUGGAACGCGAAAUUCAUCGUGGAGACGUGGUCCCACGGCGGGCCGGUGGCUACCAGCAUCGGGCUCGCGGUCGCCAGCCGCCACUCCGGCGGGCGCCACGUCUGCGUUGUCCCGGACGAGGAUUCCAGAUCGGAGUAUAUGCGAGCCCUGCGUCAGGCGGCGGCGACGGCGGCUGGCGGUGGGAAUUCGAUUGAUGUCCCGGCGGGCGGUGAGGUUGUGGUCGGGGAGCCGGAGGAGGUGAUGCGGGGGCUGGCCGGAAUCGAUUUCCUGGUGGUGGAUUCGCGGCGGAAGGACUUCGCUAGGGUUUUGAGGGCAGCGAGGCUCAGCGGCAGGGGAGCGGUGCUGGUUUGCAAGAACGCUGGUUCGAAGCAGUCGGCGAGCUUUCGGUGGCGGAGCGUGAUGGACGGCGGGUCGACCCGGCGGUUGGUCCGGUCGGUUUAUCUGCCGGUUGGGAAGGGGCUGGAUAUUGCACACGUGGCGACCAGCGGGGCGGGUAAUUCUUCCGGCGGCGGCGGGGGGCAGAGUAAAGGGCAGAGCCGGUGGAUCAAGCAUGUUGACAGAGAGUCAGGGGAGCUUCAUGUCAUCAGAAAGUGAAGAAUUCAGACUUCUUUUCGAUGAAUUCCAUCGGUGGGAAAAAAAAGUUACUGCUUGGAGUAUGUACAGAAGUGGUGGUUAGCAAGAUUACCGUAAUUUCUUUCUUUUUUUUACCAUUAGUUGAAUUUUGCUGACCAUGAUCAAGUUGGCUUUGUAAAUUACUGUUUUAACUUUGGGGACUAACUAUGAAUGAGGUGUAGUCGGCGAAACAAAAGUUGGUGAUCAACUGAUCAUAAUCAAGUUGGCUUUGUAAGAUGCAUUUUGCUGACCAUAAUCAAGUUAGUCUUUUAUGAGUUUUACCAUUAGAUGC